UCUCACUUGGCUGGAAGGAUGGUCAUUUUAAAACUUUUGUCACACAAGAUGAAAAGAGAAAGAGGAAACCAUCCCUAUGCAGUAGAAGUUCUCUUUGGGUUCCUCUUGGCUGUCUUUCCUGGCACCAGUGCCUGUCCUAAGCUUUGUGCCUGCUAUGUCCCGACUGAAGUCCACUGCACCUUCCGGUAUCUAACUACCAUCCCACUGCACAUCUCUCAAAAUGUCGAACGCAUCAAUUUAGGUUACAACAAUUUGGUUAAACUGACUGAGACAGAUUUUUCUGGCCUGGACAAACUGGAAUUGUUGAUGUUGCACAGUAAUCAGAUACAUACAAUUCAAGACAAGACAUUCUCUGAUUUACAUUUGUUAAAGAUCUUAAAGAUGAGCUAUAAUCAAAUCAAAGUUAUUCAAGCAGAUACAUUUCAUGGUCUCGUGGCUUUGGUACGUUUGCACCUGGAUCAUAAUAAAAUUGAAUUUGUAAACCCAAAAUCUUUCUAUGGUCUCACAUCAUUGAAGUUAGUCCAUUUGGAAGAAAAUUUACUUAAACAACUUCAUCCAGAUACUUUUGUCACUUUGAGGUACCUCAAGGUGUUCAGAACAUCUGCCAUAAAGCAUAUCUACUUGUCAGACAACUUCCUGACUUCUCUGCCACAAGACAUUUUCUCAUAUAUGUCUGAACUAGAAAGUCUCUAUCUUCAUGGAAACCCUUGGACUUGUGAUUGUGCUUUGAAAUGGUUUGCCAAAUGGGCAGAAAGGCAUUCAGAUGUUGUAAAAUGCAAAAAAGGCAAAGAGGCUACAGAUGCACUGCAAUGUCCAUUGUGCACCAACCCCAGGAAUUCUAAAGAAAAACACUUAACUGAAAUUCCACUACCUUCAUUUAAUUGUAGUAAACCAAGUAUAGACACAGAUUUAAAAUUGAAAACUGAAACUAUGGUAGAUGAUGGAGAAUUCACUUCAGUGUCUCCCAAAGAUUUUAUGGCCCCUAUAGGAUCUGUGUCAUUAAACUUAAUAGACCAAUCAGGAAAUCAAGCAAACAUAGUUUGUAAUGUACAGAAACCUUCAAAAAUGUCUCCAGUUAUAUUUACAAAAACAGAUAAUAACACGCUACUUGAAAUAUCAUUGUCAACUUUUCUUAAGUGUAGCAUUGACCACAAUCGUAUUCAUCAACUGUGGAGUAUUCUUGCUCUUUAUAGUGAUUCUCCACUAAAAUUGAGACAGGAACACUUAUUAACAGAAAUGCCUUAUAUUCGUUACAAGUACAAACAAAUAGAUUCUAAAAAUGAAGACCUUUUCACCGACAUAGAAGCUGAACUGACAGCUGAGCCUCCUUGGUUGAUGCAGAGUCAAGUGUCAAUGCAAUUGGACAGGACCACAACUACACUCAAUAUGCUGCAUAUCCAAUAUUCAAUUGAUGCUCAAAUCAUUCUUCCUGAUGAUGUCCCAAAGCCCACCAAACAAACGUGGGCCAUGAUCUUACGAGACAAGAAUUCCAAAACUGAAUAUUCGGUUUUAGUCAAUAGUUCUGUAGAAUUGGAUUGCCAAGCAAUUGGAGACCCUGCCCCUGUAACUGAGUGGCUAUUACCUGAUGGGACCAAGGUUAAGGCUCCAUAUGUAAGUGAAGAUGGAAGAAUAGUAAUAGAAAAAUCUGGUAAGCUCUCACUACAUUCAGCAGAUCAUUUUGACACUGGACUUUAUCACUGUAUAGGAACCAACUAUGAAGAUGCUGAUGUCUUAACUUUUAGAAUUACAGUGAUAGAUCCAAGUCUUAAGCACAAACUUUUAAAUGGACAACAGCUUUCAGUGUUUUUAGGUGAAAGUAUUGAUCUUCCCUGCCUUUCUACAGAUGGCCCAAGUGCCUCUAUUAAUUGGGUCAUACCAGGAAACAUGAUUCUUCAUAGUUCUUUUAAAAAUAAACUUCUGUUUGACAAUGGCACAUUAAAAAUACAACCAAUAACAGGACAAGACAAUGGCCACUUCAUGUGUAUAAUGGCCAAUAAAUAUGGUGUAGAUUAUUUGGUUUACCAAUUACUUGUUAAAAGUAAUUUGAGCAAGUCACAACACCUCAUAAAAAAAGAUACUCAACUAAGUAGUGAAGCAACAGAAGGGUCUGGCAACCAAGAACAUGACUUUAAUGGUCAAAUUAAAAAAUUUCCUUCGGUUCCUGCUGAGGUAACUAGCCAAACAUCCACGCAAAAUUCAUUUACAAAUUAUUACAUACAAAAUAAAACCAAAAACAACUACAAAGAAGUAUACAGGAUCAAUAGAGGCAAGAUAAGCAGAAGGUUUAGAGGACAAAAGAGAUUUGGUCUCUCUACCAAGAGAAUCAAUCCAUUGCAUUGGGCGACAUUUUUAGAAAAAACAAGGAAUAUCACAUUGUUAAGAAGACAAGAAAAUAUAACAGUAAAACCAACCGAAAAGAUAUUUCUGUCUUCAAAGAGCUCAGGAAAUGAAGAAGAGAUAUCUGGAGAUGAUAUAUUAGCCGAGGAAGAACUUAUAUUUUUAGCAACUAGAAGACCUUCAAAAUACACCUUGAGAGAAGCAUCAGGAAAUGUAGUGACAGCAAAAUUUGGAAGUAUAUCAGAUAAUUACAGCUCCUUUGCAACACAUGCCACAGUUACAGAAUCAGAACCUUCAGCAACCAGUUCUGUGGUUAUGCAGUCUGAGACACCUACGAACCAGAAUUGGCUAAAUAAGCCAAAACCUGAAAUAAAAGGAAUAAGCCUUGAAAGAUAUCAAACACUGCCUACGCCACCAACCCUGAUGGAAGUAACAAUGCCCUCAUUGUUUAAAGAACCCAACAGUGCAGGAAACACUUCAAAUUCUUUUCAGACAUUGGUAACAUCUGAAGAAGCUAAUGUCUAUUUUAAAAGCAAGCCAACAGUAACACCAACAGUGGCUAUUACUAAUAAUAGCCAAUUUAUAAUUUCACACAGAAUUGUUGAAAAACCUGAUUUAUUGGCAGAAAAUGCUAAGGAAGUGUCAAAAAAAUCAAACCAUCAAGUGCCCUCAACAGCAAUCAGUCUGUCUAAUGAUGCAUCGCAACAUGGCUAUAUUUACAGUAGAAAAAAAAUUACAUUUCAGGUAUCUCCAGGCUCAACUAUUCUUACCCAGCAACAGAUUGAGGUAGCUAAGGAUUCUGCAACUCAUAGUCCAUUCCCCAGAUGGUACAGCAGACGAAGAAAAACCUUUGGAAGAAGACGAAUUAUUAGACCUGACCGUAUUCCCAGUAAUGCAGGGCAUAGAUUUGCUUUUCCUAGAUCAGGGUUUGUUCCAGAAAGCUCAAGUCUUACUCUCCCUGCAGAAAUAAGCAUACCAACUCCUUCUAAUAUAUCUGUUGAAUCAUUUAGCCCACAAACAUUUAUGUAUGCAUCGAUCAAACCUCAGCAUCCAAAAUCAACAAUUUCAAGUCACACUGUGAUAUCCUCAAGUAACAAGAUAGAUACAGAUGAAGUGUAUGAAGCUUCUACAACUCUCCCCUUCUUCUCUAAAAGCACCCAGAUUGCUCCACAAAGAAAAGUAAAAUCAGAUAUACAUCAAGCAAUCCCUGAUAUAGAUCCAUCAGAUAACAUCCAAUUCACAACUGAUAUCCAUAAAUCUAAGUUUAAUAGAAAAAGUACAUUUACUGGAGCUAAUAUAUUACCUUUCAUAAUCAAAUCCACUAUUCCCUCUUUUAGUACCCAUGAUGUCUCUUCCAGUGUUUCAAAUGGAGAAAUACCAUCACCUAAUGCUUUUGUUACCAGCUAUGUCCAAAAAGAGCUACUGCAGAAGCAAUUGAUAAUACAAACAAAACCCACAUCUGAAAUACCUGUUACAGAUUUUCACACCUCAGGCCCAACAUUCAAAAAUUCACCAAUAUAUGAAACUGAUGUUUCCAAAAGUGACAAUCAAACCGAUGUUCCCAUAGACUCAUAUCAUAUCACACAUAUCAGUGAGAAUAUAUCAUUACUAAAAGACAAUCCAAUAGUAUCACUCAGUACUACAGAAUCACCAUCCCCAGGGCUUAUGUACAAUGUUACAACUGAUCUUAAUAAAGAAACUGAUACUACAACUAUCCAACUGAUUCAUAAUCCUGCUACCACUUCUGCAAACAAGAUUUUCAAACUCAAAACAUUUCGAAGACAUAGAAAGAAGGGUCAAAGGAGGAGAAGACCUCUGCAAAAGUCAAUGCCUUUCCAUAGAAACAUUUCGAUCAAAGAAUUUGUAAUACCCUUUAAAAAAAUUAUUCCUUCUCCUAUUAUGAAAACAAUAAAAAAUGUAACUGAACCUCCUAGUCGCAUACUGACUGAAUUGUUUCCAAAAUUCACCACUAUGGAUAUAGAUGCAGUUACACCACAACCAGCAAUUCUUAGCACAGCAGAUAUAAAAAAAGACAAUACAUUCUUAAAUAUCACUCAGGAAUCCCUUGACAAUGCUUAUACCAUUAAGCCACCAAUGGAACUGUCAACUGAAAAACUUUCAUCUACAGGUCCACAGAUUGAAAUGUCAUGGGAUACAACAAAGAUAAGCACAGCAUUAUCAUACAUAUCCUUGGUAACAACUGGACCAAAGUUUACUAAAGUAGCACAAACUAUUAGACAAGUGAAUAAGGAAGCUUACCCAUAUGUGGGACAAACUGCAGCUCCAAAAACACAAAUAACAAAAACAGCUCUUCAUGUAAAAAAUGAGAUAAAUCCACACAUUCCUACUAAUGCAAUUUACAUGACCACUAGUCCAUUACUAUCCCAAGCAAGACUUAUCCAAGCUACACAAACUACUUUGUCUCCCAGAUGGGGUAAAAUUUCACGGCAGUUUCCAUUUUCUAAAAUCAGAGAUAUUGGAAAACCACUCAUAAUUAACACAUUCACUGUAUUAAAAUCACCUCAAAGCUCCACCCUGUAUACUCCUUUGUGGAAGACAGAAAAAAACAAUUACAUCAGAAACUGGUCUGAAAGAACAGGCCAUGUAGCCUCCACCACCAAUCCAGAAGGUUUAAAUUCAUUCUAUCAAACCAGAUUGGCAAAACCCAGAAUAAGUGGAGGAAAAUUUGCAGUGUUUACCGUCCUGGCUAAUUCAGAUGCUUUCAUUCCAUGUGAAGCCAGUGGUAAUCCUCAACCAACCAUCCAUUGGACCAAGUUACCAGCAGGAGCUGAUCCAUCAAAAAACAAAUAUGGUAACAGAUUUAAGAUUCUUCCCAAUGGUACACUCUCCAUUCAGAAUACAAACAUCCAGGAUCGUGGACAGUACUUGUGCGUGGCUGCCAAUCAACAAGGUUCAGAUAAGCUUCUGGUCACUUUGUCUGUGGUUACCUAUCCACCAAGAAUUCUAGGGAAAAGUUCCAAGAUCAUUACUGUUCACUCUGGCAAGCCAGCAGUUAUGAAGUGUGCCUCUGAAGGCCGUCCCAUUCCUUCUAUAACUUGGAUCCUUGCAAACAAAACUCAAAUCUCUGAAUUUUCAGUGGAAAAUGAGGCUGUUUCUCUACACUCAGAUGGCACUUUACUGAUCAAGAAAGUCAAUGUUUAUGACCGAGGGAUAUAUACCUGCAGAGCAGAUAAUCCAUUUGGCUCAGAUACUAUGGCAAUAAGGUUGCAAGUCAUUGCUGCACCACCCAUUAUACUGGAAGAUAAGAAGCAACUUAUACUAGAGACCAUGGGGAGAAGUUUGAAGUUUCCUUGCACUGUCAAAGGAGACCCUCAUCCAACUGUUCACUGGGUUUUCCCUGAUGGAACAGAGGUAAAACCACUGCACCCUUAUCUAAAUGAUAAGGGUUUUUUGUUCCCUAAUGGAACACUUCUUAUCAGGAAUAUAGUUCCUUCUGACAGCGGUAAAUAUGAAUGUAUAGCGACAAGCUCCACAGGUUCAGAAAGGAGAGUAGUACUACUUCAAGUGGAACACCAAGAUAUAAUACCCCGAAUUGCAGCUACAUCCCAAAGAUGGACUCAGCUGAAUUUUGGGAAUAGGUUACUUCUGAAUUGCUCAGCUAUAGGGGAGCCAAAACCCAGGAUAAUAUGGAGAUUGCCUUCCAAAGCUGUGGUUGACCAAUGGCACAGAAUGGGAAGCCAAAUCCACGUGUAUCCUAAUGGAUCCUUAGCUGUUGAGUCAAUCACAGAAAAGGAUGCAGGUGAUUAUAUUUGUGUAGCACGAAACAGAAUGGGCGAUGAUUUCACCCUUUUGAAAGUCAGCGUGACAAUGAAGCCUGCAAAAAUUGAUCACAAGCAGUAUUUUAAGAAACUGGUACCUUAUGGAAAAGACUUCAAAGUGGAUUGUAAAGCUUCAGGAUCUCCUGAGCCAGAAAUAUCUUGGAGUCUGCCAGAUGGCACAACAAUCAAUAACGCAAUGCAAGCCGAUGAUAGUGGACAUACGCUGAAGAAGUAUACUCUGUUUAACAAUGGGACAUUGUAUUUCAAUAAGGUUGGAAUGCUGGAAGAGGGGGAUUACACUUGCCAUGCUCAAAAUACACUGGGAAAAGAUGAGAUGAAAGUGCAGAUAAAAGUGGUUGCAGCUGCACCUCGUAUCAAGCAGAAUUUAAAGGCCUAUGCAAAGAUAAAAGCAGGAGAUGAUGCAUUCUUUGACUGUGAUGCUAUAGGGGAACCUAAGCCUAAAAUAUUUUGGCUGUUGCCUUCUAACAAAAUGAUUUUAGCUUCUACUCAGAGAUAUAGUCUCCAUAUUAAUGGAUCUUUGUCAAUCAUUAAAGUAAGGCUUUUAGAUGCUGGAGAAUACAUGUGUGUAGCACGCAAUUCUGGUGGAGAUGAUGCCAAGGUUUAUAAACUAGAUGUAAUCUCUAAACCACCUCUGAUCAAUGGUUUGUAUUCUAACAAGACUGUCAUUAAAGCAACAGCUAUAAAACACUCAAAAAAGCAAAUAGCUUGCAAUGCUGAAGGAGAUCCUGUGCCCCAGAUUAUGUGGAUAAUGCCUGAUAAUAUUUUCCUAACAGCCCCAUACUAUGGAAGUAGGAUAACCAUACAUAGGAACGGGACUCUUGAAAUUCGCAAUGUAAGAGCUUCAGAUACGGCGGAGUUUAUUUGCGUAGCACGUAAUGAUGGGGGAGAAAGCAUGCUGGUAGUCCAUUUGGAAGUCCUUGAGAUUCUAAGGCGCCCAAUUUUCAGGAACCCAUUUAAUGAGAAAGUUAUAGCAAAACCUGGAAAAGCCGUAUUUUUGAAUUGUUCUGUUGAUGGAAACCCACGUCCUGAGAUAAUUUGGAUAUUACCAAAUGGUACAUGGUUCUACGUUGGUACUAGAACACUCCGGUUUUAUUUGGGAAGCAACGGCACCCUUGUCAUCAAUAGACUUUCUAAAGCAGAUGCAGGAAAAUACAGAUGUACAGCUAAAAAUCAAGUAGGCUACAUUGAAAAGUUGAUCAUAUUGGAAACUGGUGAAACACCCACAAUUUUUUUCCAUUCUGGAGGGGAAAUAAAAAGUAUGAAUGGGGAAUCUUUAUCACUUCACUGUCUCGCUACUGGAAGUCCCAAGCCAAACAUUAUAUGGACGGUCCCCAGUGGCUUUGUCUUAAACCAGCCUCAAAUUAAUGGGAAGUAUUCAUUACUGGAGAAUGGUACCUUACUUAUUAGAGAAAUCAAUAUUCAUGAUAGAGGAAGUUAUAUGUGCAAAGCUCAGAACUAUAUUGGUGAUUCAAAGGUAGUUGUUUUUGUAACGAUUGUGGGACAUUCACCAAGGAUUACAAAACGACCCCCAAGGAAUAUUCAUACUGUGGCUGGAUUGGCGAUUCAGCUUCAUUGUAUGGCAUUCGGGAUACCAGAUCCAGAAAUUACAUGGGAGCUGCCUAACCAUUCAUUAUUUUUCACAGGCAUCAAAGGUCAACUAUCUGGAAGUGAGACUAUUCACCCACAAGGAACAUUAAUAAUUCACAAUCCAAAUUCAUCAAAUUCAGGCAUAUAUAAAUGUGUGGCUAAGAAUCAGUUUGGCAGGGAUUUCACAGUGACAUAUCUUCAAGUUAUUUCAAAUGGGAAUAAAAUCUAAAAUGGACCAUUUGGCUUUCAAAGAUGUUUAAUCAAAACCAGUCAAAAGGCAUUUCAAUUUUGGUGCUAUUAUUACAAUUCUAACUUUACAGUUGUCAAGCUAAAAGACAUUUAGGUUUGGGAAGGUUUUGCAUUAUGACCUAGUGUUGAUUUUAAGACAAUAUUAAAAAGUAACCUUAAAAACUUAAGGCACUUAAGUUUCCAACAAAAAUAACAGUAAAAAUGACAACAUAUUCUCUAAAGAUACUUGCAAUACAAAAUAUUUAGCACAAUAAUGGAUUUUUAAAUGCUAGUUUUUAUUUCCCACUUGAUAGUAUAAACAGUGUAAAGCUUUUGAAAAACAUGAUUGCUGGUUUCAUUUAUUAUUGAUGUGAAUGACCAUUUUCUAAUUCUUGAUAGUUUCAAAUAUUUUACAACAAAGAAUAUGGAUUUGUUUGUAAUACUACAAUAUUCUUUCAUGCAGAAGUCCUUUUGUGGGGGCAGUGGAAGAACAAAUAUGAAAUACUUAUUUCAAUGCUUUUUAAAAAAAAUUAAGCUUGCAUUAUUUUUUUACAAUGAAUGCUAUCAAAACUGCAUGUGAAGAAAUGAAAAUGUAAAUAUUAAUUAUAUUGCCAAUUAUUGUAUGUGAGGAAAUAUUUUUAUAUAUCAUAGGUUUUAAAGCAUACUAUUUAUUACCAGUAUGCUUUAUUGAAAGGCAAGAAAUCAUGUUUCUUUUUAUGGUCACAUGAAAUUAAUAUGAUCCAGAGUGCCCUUAAAAUAACAGAAAUGGUAUGUCCAAAAAUAUUGUCCUAGUACUAUACGUAUUAUGUACUAAACACAUGCAUAUUGUUCUUAAGCUGUCUUCUCAGGGCAAAUUUUUAAAAUAUGCAAGAACAUAAUUACUAAUAGGAAAAACUUAGCUGAGGAAGUGGAAGUAGCAAGGACAUCAGAAAAAAGUUACCAUGUAAUAUUGGAGAUAACUGAUUCGAAAGGAAACUAAAUCUGAAUACAAUAAAUAUGUAUAUUCAACUUUUAAAAAGUCAGAUUUUAAUAAAGUUAGCAAUUAUAAAAAUGGUUUUGUGUUAGGGAGAAAGUGAUAAGAAAGAGAGCUUAAAAAUAGUAAGAAUUUCUUUAAAGAGGAAGUAUACUAAAAGAACAAUUGCAAAUAAUUCCAAUGACCAACAAAUGGAAAACAGCAAAGUAAACCAAUGUGGAAAUGUAAUAAUUAUGAAAGUGAAAAUGAAAGAAAAGCCGCCACUGACCAUCUGACCUGGUGCUAUGCGAGUCUUACAAAUUCUUUAAUAUGGGUAUUCUGCACCUCUUAGAAGACGAUGCUAAUGCUGAAGAACAUCUUUGAUGGCUAAAAAUGCCAUGUUAAAAACACAGUAGAUCCUUUUAAAAUGGACAAAGAUGUCUAGAAAGGAAUGUGUAUGGGAGGGGAUUGUUAUCAAACUCGAGUGGAUUACAAAAUUAUAACUCCCAAAAUAAAAUUUAGAAAUAUCAGCCAUCACAAUAGAAUAUUUCAGUGGGAUGUGAAUGAUGGUGGAUGGAUUGAGAAAUGAAUGCCUAUAGCUUGUUGGCUACUUAAAAGAAAUCCCCUUUCCUGAUAAGAUCAAAAUUAACAAUAAAUCCAUACUAAAAAUUGACAGAUUCUAUAAAGCAGUCUGGAUCUUUGAUUGGGAAGCAGGAAUGCACACAAAAAUUAAUUUUACUUAGCUUGAUUUAUCUGAAAUAUUUUAAGGAAAUAUGUAUAAUAUCUAAUGCAGGUAAAUGAAUGCUACAACUUAGCAUAAACUAUUGUAAAGAUGUUGAAGAACUUGAUCAGUGCGGAGAGUGGGAUUGGUAAAACAGCAAUAUAUCAAACUAUAUUACAAUGUAAGUUAAAAUCAUGACAAAUAUUAUAAUCUUUUAAAAAUUGUCAAAGUCAUUAGGAUGACUAAUGAUUACCUACCUCACUGAAUUUUUUGAGUAAUGGCUCAUGAGUAUCUACAUUGCUACAAGUACAGUACAUGAGUAUGUACACUGAAUGAAAAAUGUAAUAUAAAUCAACUAGGUUGGAAGCUGAAAGACGUUAUUACUGUAUAUUCAAACUUCCUGUAACAAGAAUCAAAGGUCCUUAAAUAUUCCUGAUCCUCUUUCAUAUUAAUCAGAUUAUAUGACCACGUAAAUAUAAUCUAAUAAAAAGCACAUGUCCUCGGCAGUGUUCCAAGAUUUCAGAAAUAAAUAGAAAAGAGUAAGAUCCCUUUUGGUUAGAGCCAACAAUCAUAGAUUAUACUUUUAGAUGUUAAAAAUGUGUUCUUGCAGUGAUCGGAUAGGAUGACUCUGCACUUGAUAGUUUUAAUCCAUCAGAAAGGAUAAGUCUGCAUUGUGUGAUGGUAUUUCAUGGGAAUCAGAUUAUAUAAAGAAUUAAGGGUGGGCAGGGGCUAUGCCCCUUCUUUUCUAAAUACCUCACGAUAGUAUGAAUUUUACAUAUUCACACUGAAAAAUGUGAAAGUAUACCUGUUACUGAAUGAUCAAAAUAUGAAAUUAUACCUGUUACGGGACAAUCAGUAGUGGGAGUUGGGUUCUACAGGCAGAAAUUGUUAAAUCCCCGGAAUCAAAGGGGACGACAUCCUUGUGUCAGUGAAGGUUUGGAUUGUGAGUCUGAAUACAAGCCUAUUGGGAAAAUGUAACAGGGAACAUGGAUAAAAUUGGAGUACUGAUGGUGAGUAGCAGUUGUCCAGUGAUUGUGUAAUGAAUCCUCAUUUUCCGUACUGGCCAGUAGUCUACAUAGACAAACUAAAGAGAUCCUAUCUGUGAAUGCUAGAUGUUUCAGGAUAGUUGCUAUGAUGCCAGAAUUUAGACUUGUAAUUGUACUUCACGGUCAAUCUCAGUGGGCAGACUAACAUGAAUUACUGUUUGGACUCCACUUCACUUGUGGUUCUUUCAGUAUCAGCCCCUAAUACCUAGAAUUCCUCAAUUUACAAGCAGCUAGGUCUACAGCAUAGUAAGGAUCUGUCUACAAAUGAUCCUCACUGCCAUCCUAACAAACACAACUCUUUGUCAAUGCUUUGAAAGAGAGGGUAGUCUUUUUAGGCAUCCAUAUACAAAAUGACCAGAAUCUCCAAAAUAUAGAUAGACAUCUUGAAUGCAACAUUUCAGCUUUGUUCAGAAAGAAGAGCUCUGCUAAAUCUGAGUAGUAUGCAUGGAUUCAACUUCUAAAGUUGCUAGUGCAUGGGAAGGAAGGAAUGAAAAAGAAUAGUUGCUACAAGCUUCAUGCAGACAUGGCUAUAAAUCUCAGAUAACCCAUUAUUCAGGAAUUGUCUUAUUUGGUAGAAGUUUUGUAAGACAUGAAUCAACAAACUUACUUUCCUUAUUGCACAUAAGAAUGGAAAUCAUAUAAGCAGAGAUUGUCCAAUGCAAUACACAAAAAUCAAACUCAUUUAUAGGCAUAUGCUCCAGGAUUUAUAUUUAAUGGCUUUUUUCCCUCUUCUCUUUCUAAAUUCAUGGUCACCUGCCAUUCUCCUGAUGACCCUGAAAGACACCUGAUUUAUUUUAAGAAAUCGUUGUUUCUAGCACAUCUUCAUUCUUUACACAGCCAAUCUGACAAUUUACUUAGCAGGAACAAAUUUUGUCAGGCUUGCAUUUUUUUUAGAUAAAUAACUUAAUCAGAUCCUAUUGAUGGAACUGAAUUAUUCCUAGAGUAUGGCUCUGGA